GAGGCUCUAGAACAGUGGUUCUCAACCUUUCUAAUGCUGCAACCCCUUAAUACACUUUCUUACGUUGUGGUGACCCCCAACCAUAAAAUUAUGUUUAUUGCUACUUCAUAAUUGUCAUUUUGCUACUACAGUAAUUACAACAUAACAUUACUGUGUAUUGAACUACUUUUUCUGUCAAAUAUGUUGUGUUUUGGUGCUUAAUUUGUAAAAUCAUAACCUAAUUUGAUGUUUAAUAGGCUUUUCCUUAAUCCCUCCUUAUUAUCCAAGAUAUUCGCUUAUCCAAGCUUCUGCCGGCCCGUUUAGCUUGGAUAAGUGAGUCUCUACUGUAGUUGAAACAACAGGAACACGGCACUGUUAGAAUUUGAGAGGUUACCUCUGAAAUGUGCUUGGCACAUCUUAUUAGCUCUUUCUGUCUUUCUUUACCAAAUCCGUGGAUCAUCCUUACAAGAUUUUCUGUGACCUCUCAGGGGCUCUCGUCUUUUUUUUCCACCGCUCGGUGUUCAUUUCACUUCAGGCUCUUUUGGAAAGUGAUUACCCGGGAGAGAUUUGGUUACACCGCACAGUUGGCACCAGCAAAGGAAACAUUGGUCGCUCAGGCAGCGAGAUCCUUGGCAGUUUUUGCCGGCGUUUUGGGUUUCCAUGCCGGAGCCAGUCUCUUUCUCUGCUCUGAUGGCUGGACUUUGGAAGCAGUUUGUUGUCUUUUCUGUCCUCAUUUGCUGUAUAUCGGGAACGGCCUCUCUGUCAAGCCAUGAAGACGUUGACUGCAGGAACUGGAACCCGGUUAACUGUUCGGAAGGACACUACUACACUUCUGGCAACUGUCUUGAAUGCCCCGUUGGAUUCUUCUGCCCAGGAGGUCAGAUGGCUCCACAGUGGUGCCCAAUGGGAACAUACAAUGAACUAACAGCACAAGCAGAUAUCACAUCCUGCCAGCCUUGCCCUGAUGGGUACAUCAGUUCUGAAACUAGAGCUGGUUGCCAAGUAUGUCCCGAUGGCUACUGGUGUGAUUCACAGAAGGGUCUACAGAAACACUGCAUCCCUGGACGAUAUUCACCCGCAGGAGAGACAGAGUGCUGGGAAUGCCCAAAUGGACACAUCUGUCCCAAUGGUCAGGAGACUCAGCGUUGCCCAGGUGGGCAUGAACCCAACCCCAACCGCACAUUUUGCAUACCCUGUUUUCCUGGGUUUUUCUCCAUUGAAGGGACUUUAGGAUGCCAGCCAUGCCCAACAGGUCCUUUCCAGGCCACUGGGCUCACUGUGAUGCCAUGUCCAGCAGGAAGCUUUGAGUCCCGAGAACGUUUUGCAAGGUCCACCAAUGGCUCUUUGUCAUACCUCCCAGGUAUCAAGCAGUGCUUGAAAUGUCCAGCUGGCUAUUUCUGCCCCAAUGGGACAAGUUACCCAAAUCCAUGUUCCUCGGGAACCUACAAUCCUCUCCAGGGACAAGAUGAAUCUUCAGACUGCAGAGCCUGUCCUGCCGGGAAAGCUUGCACUCAAAGUGGCUUAGCUAAGCCAGACUCAGAGUGCAUGCCAGGGUAUGUUUGCCCAGUUGGCUCUUCCAGUCCACACGCUCCCAGCAAUGCUUGUCCUCCAGGGACAUUCAGCAACCACUCUGACCUGUUUGAUAAGUCUCAAUGUGAAACCUGUCCAGAGAAGUUUGUCUGCACAAAAGGCUCAGGCGGAAAACAGAAGCCACCUGCUCCUUGUCCUGCUGGUCACUAUUGCCCACCGGGAACCAAGCACCCAACGGAGCACAAGUGUGCAGCUGGAACAUGGAGCAGCAAAACAGGACUAGCAGCAGAAGAGGAAUGUGAUCUGUGUCCUGCGGGAUGGUUCUGCAUGACAGGUGCCCAUACUCCAUCGGGAAGAUGCAGUGCAGGCUAUUUCUGCCCAGAAGGUACUCAGACAAGCACCCAGUUUCCAUGCCCAGCAGGAACCUACAGCACCAGGCUUGGGAACGGUCGAAGGGAGGAUUGCAUGGCCUGUCCAGGUGGAGCCUAUUGCCCAGAAGGAACUGCAAAACCAGCCUUCUGCCCAUUGGGAACCUAUUAUUCGGAACAAGGGGCAAAAUCAACCCAGGACUGCCUCCUGUGCCCUGGAGGGUAUCAUUGCCCUAAUAUGGGAACCAUCACUCCUCAUGCAUGUGGUACAGGCAAAUUUUCAGACCCUGGAUCCACCUCCUGCUCCCCCUGCCUUGUGGGCCAUUUCUGUGCAGAGGCAAACACCAGCAGGGAAUCUAUGCUGCGGACGAUGGUGUGCCCGGCAGGUUUGCUUUGUCCCAAAGGCCUGGCAGCUGUCCCAAAUGCCACUGGCCAUGCUUGUCCAAGAGGCUACUAUUGCCCACAAGGUGGAGAUAAUUCACAAGUUAAGCCAUGCCCUAAUGGGACUUAUGGUGGCCGGAGAGGACUGGGCAGAGCUGACCAAUGCUUGCCAUGUCCAGUGGGCAAAUAUUGCUACAGAGAAGGUGGAGAACCUCAAGGGAUAUCCCAGCCAACCGGAGAUUGCCCAUCUGGAUAUGCUUGUCCUCCGGGGACUGGGUUCCCCUACUCUUUCCCAUGUCUACCUGGUUCCUACUGGGAAAAUUCCACUAUGGAUGGAGGAGGUGUGUGCAAACCAUGCCCAGCAGGAUUCUACUGUGAUUUUGUGGCUAUGAUCCAACCCAAAAUAUGUCCAUUGGGGUCCUAUUGCACCAGUGGCAGCUCCCAACCUGAACAGUGUCCAAAGGGCACCUAUGGCCACAAGAAGGGCUUGACAGGCCUGCAAGAAUGUAAUCCAUGCAGAGCAGGUUUCUACUGUGCAACCCAAGGACAGACAGCUCCAAGUGGCCGGUGUGAGGCUGGGUUCUAUUGCUGGAGCAGAGCUGUGUCACCACUGCCAAGGGAUGGAGUGACUGGGGAUAUUUGCCCACCUGGAGCCUACUGCCCACUUGGAUCAUCUCUGCCCAUCCUCUGCCCUCCAGGAACCUACAGCAACACCAGUGGAUUGAAAAACCUGAACCAAUGUUUGGACUGUCCCCCUGGGUUUUACUGUGACGGGACCAAUACACAAGCUCCCAGUGGGCCUUGCAAACCUGGAUAUUUCUGUAUUGGUGCUUCCAAAACAGCCACCCAAAUGAUGGCAAAGGAAGGGCAUUAUACACUGGAAGGAGCUGUCCAGCCUGAACCCUGUCCACCAGGGAGUUUCCAGCCGAGUCUGGCCCAAUCCACCUGCCAGGAAUGUCCAUCAGGGAUGUUCUGCAACCACACUGGCAUGGUGGAACCAUUGACAUGUCCCAAAGGUCACUACUGUCCAGCCCAGACAACUCUACCUCUUCUUUGCCCAGUGGGAACCUAUUCGGAUAUCUUAGGGGGCACUGGAAUUGCUAUUUGCAAAUUAUGCCCAGCAGGUAUGUACUGCAGCAAGUCUGGGCUGGUGGAACCCGAAGGACCAUGUCAACCAGGUUACUACUGUCUCCAAGGAUCAAGUAGUGCUUCUCCGUCUGGCCUCCCCUUUGGAGGCCCUUGUCCUGCGGGGCACUACUGUCCUGCUGGCACAAAACAACCCAGAGAGAUGCCCUGCCCAGUCGGGACAUGGAAUGAGCAGAAAGGGGGGCGGGAUUCCAGCUGGUGUCUACCUUGCCCCCCGGGAUUCUUCUGCAGCAGCCCAGGCCGCGUUUCCCCAACAGGACCCUGUGCUCCAGGGUUUUAUUGUAGGGGUGGGACACGAACGGCGAGGCCAGUGGACCGGGCCACUGGAGAACUGUGUCCCGAAGGUCAUUUCUGUCCUGCUGGCUCAGCAGUGCCAUCUCCAUGCCAAGAUGGGGAAUACAACGCCAUAACAGGCCAGGAAGAAUGUUUCCCUUGUCCAGCUGGCCUUUAUUGUAAGAAUGGUGUGAGAUACCACUGUCCAGCUGGAUUUUACUGCCCACCAAAGACAGGAGUCUUCCUUCAUCCUUGUCCUCCUGGAACCUAUAAUCCAACGUCAGGAAUUGACAGAGUUGAGAGAUGCCAGUUGUGCCCUGCAGGGAUGUUCUGCGGUGAAUGGGGAUUGUCUUCUCCCUCUGGUCCCUGCCUGCCAGGGUUCUUCUGCAGUUCAGGCUCCAGCGUCCCAAAUCCGGAUGGAGCCAUCAACACAAAUGCUGGUGGGCCUUGUCCUCCAGGGCAUUUUUGCCCAGCUGGCACCAGGAUCCCUUUGCCUUGCCCAGUGGGCACCUUUUCAGACAGGUUGUAUCUCUCCCUUGAGUCAAGCUGCAUUGCAUGUCCACCUGGCCAUUAUUGCCUUUCUUCUGGCCUCACGGCUCCGUCUGGACCCUGUUCUGCUGGCUACUACUGCCUCCCUGGGGCCACCUCACCUUCCCCUGCAGCAUUUUCAGAACAGGGAGGUCCUUGUCCCAUGGGCCACUUCUGCCCAGAGGGAACCAGCCACCCACUUUCCUGCCCUGCGGGAACCUAUAACAAUCUCACCAGGCAACCUGAUUGCUUCCUGUGCGCAGCUGGUUACUACUGUCCUGAAAAUACCACUGACUACAGCACAUUCAUAUGCCCACCAGGCUUCUAUUGCCCUGAAGGAACUAGGUUUUCCACAGAGUUUCCCUGCCCAAGAGGGUAUUACAACCCGGAUCCUAUGACCCAGAGCCUGGAUAGCUGCUUGCCCUGCCUCCCAGGCCACUACUGUGGGAAGGAAAACUUAACCACAGUGUCAGGAAAGUGUGAUGCAGGCUGGUUCUGCAUUUCAGCUGCAUGGACCCCUCAGCCCUUUGAUCUGGACAACUACACAAAUGGAAACUGUCUUUGCCCAGCUACAGCCACUGGAGCACAGUGUUCCCCUGGGUCCUACUGCCCGGAAGGCAGCCGUGAGCCAAAUCUGUGUCCCCCAGGGUUUUACUGCAAUGCACCAGGUCUGUCUGCUCCAAGUGGGGAAUGUGCUGCAGGAUUUUAUUGCUUAGGUGGAGCAUCUUCACCCAAGCCCACUGAUGGAAUUACAGGCAACAUCUGUCCUCCAGGGACUUACUGCUCGGUGGGAUCUCCCUCACCGGUUUCCUGUCCAACUGGCACCUUCUCGAACUUGUUGGGAAGGAGUAUGGUUUCAGAUUGUCAGCUUUGUCCCUCUGGCUUUUACUGUGAAGGAUCCGGACUGACGGGCCCAACUGGAGAAUGCUGGGAAGGCUAUUACUGUGACAACCAGCAAGGGCCGAUUAGCGACUUCACCCUCUAUCCUUGCCCUCAGGGCUAUUACUGCCCACCGGGGACACAGUGGGCCACCCAGUACAGCUGUCCACCAGGGACAUUUGGACCCAGGCCGAGGCUAAAGAGUGACCAGGAAUGUCAGAUUUGCCCGCCUGGAAAAUUUUGUUCAUCCCCUGGUUUGGUUGCACCAUCAGGAGAUUGCUCAGCUGGAUAUUGGUGCAAAGGAGGCGCUCAGGUUCAGAAUCCAACCGAUGGCGUAUCUGGACUUCUUUGCCCUUUGGGACAUUACUGCCUCUCAGGAACUCCCACUCCAUCCGCCUGCUUGCAUGGAACCUGGUCUAACAAUGAAGGGAAUGAACGCCUCCAACAUUGCCAACCCUGUCCUGGAGGACAUUACUGCAAUGGCACUGGGCUUGUCGCUCCAUCAGGACUUUGUGCAGCAGGGUUUUACUGCACUGUGGGAUCUACCACACCGACUCCUACAGAUGGGAUUUCAGGCGCUCCAUGUCCUGUGGGACACUUCUGUCCUUUGGGCAGUGAUAGCCCCACUCCCUGCCCACCUGGUUCCUACAUGACUGAGACACAUGGACAAGAAUGGUGUCACACCUGUCCAGAGGGGAAGUACUGCAUCUCUGGUCACUUGCCACAGGUGUGUCCCAAAGGUUUUUAUUGCCCUGAAGGAACAGGCUUCAACUGGCAGCCCUGCCCCCCAGGAACAUACAGCCUUACCCAAGGGAUCUCUAGUCAUACUGAAUGCAGAACAUGUGAUGGAGGGAAGUUCUGUAUGCAUCACAAUGCUACUGAUGUCUCAGGACCAUGUUGGGAAGGGUAUUACUGCGCCCAAGGAUCGGAUCGACCUAAUCCUGACACUCACGUUAAUGGUCAUACUGGACCUUGUCCUUUGGGCCACUACUGUCCUAGGGGCACAGCUGUUCCUCACCAGUGUCCUGUGGGUACGUUUGGAGCUAGGACCAAGCUUAGCUCUGAGGAUGAAUGCUCUCUCUGUCUCUCCGGUCACUACUGUGAUGUUCCUGGCCUGACAGCUGUGAAAGGACAAUGUGAUGAAGGCUUCUACUGCACCCUGGGCUCUGUGGUCCCAGACCCACCAGUUCUGGACCACCGUGGAGGGCCUUGUCCCGCAGGUUAUUUUUGUCUGCAAGGCACAGCUGUUCCAUUGCCUUGUCCCCCUGGGUCAUAUAAUCCUCUACCAAGGCAAGCCAGAUGCCUCACUUGCCCUGCCGGGUACUUCUGUCUGAAGAAUUCAUCCACCUUGGUUGGGAGCAAAUGUCCAAUAGGACACUAUUGCCCUCCUGGCACCGUGUCAGAGAUGCAAUUUCCAUGCCCUCGAGGGACUUACAAUGCAAACCCAGGAAGCAGCAAUGUAUCCUUCUGCCUCCCGUGUGAGCCUGGCCAUUACUGUGCCCUGCCAGGCCAACCUGCCAUCACAGGACCUUGCUCAGCGGGAUACUAUUGUACUACAGGAGCAUCCACCCCAAUACCUUCUGAUGAUCCGGCUGGAAAUGUAUGCCCCAGAGGGCAUUACUGCCCCAAAGGGUCUGCCUUGCCCCAACCUUGUCCCCAUGGCUUCUACAGCAACUCUACUGGAAACACCAAGAUUGAAGAUUGCCUCCUUUGUCCUCCAGGCUAUUAUUGUGACGGAACAGGACUUUCAUCCCCUUCUGGUCUCUGUGCAGCUGGGUUCUAUUGCAGUGGAGGAAGUGUUUCCUCAAGACCCAUGCAAAUAACAAGUAAAGGAGGCCAGUGCCCGCCUGGCCAUUUCUGUGCCCUGGGAAGUGCCAGGCCACAGCUCUGCCCUGCUGGGAGCUACAACCCUUUCCAGGGCAUGGCUCAGUGUCUGGAGUGCCCUGAAGGUGUUUACUGUGAUCUUGGUUCUGAUAACUACACAAAUUGCCCAGUUGGACAUUAUUGCCCAAGGAAUACAAAGUUUGCUACGCAGUUCCCUUGCCCCCGGGGGACCUACAGUGAGGCUCUGAACAUCAAGGCAGCUUCCGAAUGCCAGCCCUGCCCACCAGGAAGGUUUUGCUCCAAGCCAGGUUUGAUACAACCAGAUGGCACAUGCAUCCCUGGAUGGUUCUGCCCACCUGGGUCAACAUCAGGCAAGCCAAUCUUCCCAGGACGCAACUCUGGAUCUUCUGGGCACAAUUCUGAUUUAAUUCAAAUGUGCCAAGUUGGGUCAUUUUGUCCAGAGGGUUCUUCUACUCCUGUUCCUUGCACUCCAGGUUUUUAUUGUGCAUCUUCAGAACUGGCUGCUCCAUCAGGUCCUUGUGAUGCAGGCUUCUAUUGCACUGGUGGUGCCAUCGUCCCCAACCCAAAAGAUGGUGCUCUGGGAAAUCUUUGCCCUCGAGGCCAUUUCUGUCCCCAAGGAAGCUCCUCUCCAUUUCCAUGUCCAGCAGGCUCCUUUUUGGCCCACCGUGGUGGCCGCUCACCAGAAGACUGUCAUCUGUGUGUAUCUGGCUGGUUCUGUUCCCUCCGAGGCCAAACGUCACCAGAGGGCUUGUGUAUGGAAGGUUGGUUCUGUCCAGAGGGAUCCAUAACUGACCAGGAUUCAGACCACCUCUGUCCUCUUGGCCACUAUUGUCCCACAGGCAGUUCAGAGCCCAAACCAUGUCCUCCUGGGAAAUAUCAAGACGAACUUGGCCAAAGCCUGUGCAAAGAGUGUCCAGCAGGAAAGUUCUGUGACCCUGACUUCCAAGCAGGUGAUUCUGAUGGAGCUUCUCCAAAGGGAAGGAUCAAGCCAUCUGAUUGUCUGCCUGGAUACUAUUGUCUCUCUGGCACGAAAAUAGCCAAGCAGUAUCCAUGCCCCGAUGGCACCUUUAGUAACCAAACAGGCCUGAGCAGCUCUGAAGAAUGCUGGCCUUGUCCUGGAGGCAAAUUCUGUGCAAACCCGGGCCUGAUUGUCCCUAGUGGCCCUUGUUUGCCUGGAUAUUACUGCACCCUGAAGGCACGGGUACCCAAUCCUGUUCAUGAUGAAUCUGGAGACCUCUGCCCUCCAGGGCAUUUCUGCCCCAUGGGUAGCAGCAACCCAACCCCAUGCCCCACUGGGACCUUUCUCCCCCAACCUGGAAUGAUGUCCUACAAUGCCUGCCUCUCCUGCCCUGGAGGAAGCUACUGCCAAGGAGAAGGUCUGGCCAGUGUUUCGGGCAUGUGCAUCGCCGGCUACUACUGUGAAGCAUCAUCCUCACAUCCAGACCAGAAGCUGUGUCCUCCAGGCUUCUACUGCCCCAAAGGCACGGGGUCUCCAACGCCAUGUGCUCCAGGAAGCAUCAAUCCCCACAGUGGGAAAUGGGCUGCUGUUGACUGCGAACUUUGCCCAGCUGGCUAUUUCUGCAGUGGGCUUGGGAAGACUGCUCCCGAAGGGACAUGUUCCUCUGGUUAUUAUUGCCCACCGGGUCAGUCCUCUGCCACACCACCUUCCCACUGGUGCCCAUCUGGAUAUUACUGCCUCGAGGGAUCUGUGGCUCCAAUGGCAUGCAAGAAAGGCACCUACCAAUCAGAGGAAGGGAAAGAAUCAUGUGAUCUCUGCCCUGCUGGGUUCUUUUGUGACACAUCCAAUGAAAGUGCUGCUAUCCAGGUUCCCGUGCCAUGUUUUCCUGGGCAUUUUUGCCUUCCAGGCACUGAAUCGGGCAUGGAGCACCCUUGUCCCAAGGGAACAUAUAGACCGAAAGCUGGCGCUGCUAAGGAAUCUGACUGUGAACCUUGUCCUGCAGGGAUGUAUUGCUCAUCCCUUGGACUGUCCCAACCUACCGGUCUUUGCCAUCAAGGCUACUUCUGCACCAAGGGAGCAGCCAACCCGACUCCCAUUAGACACCGGGUGAAUGCUUCCAUCGUCCUCUUGAUGGGAAAUGACAUUUGCCCUUCUGGGCAUUUCUGCCCAAAUGGGACCGGCUUCCCUGUUCCUUGCCCACCAGGCUCCUUCUCCCCAUCUUUGGGCCUGAAGGCAGAGCCAGAGUGUCUCCCGUGUCCAGCAGGACUCUACUGCCGCCAAUCAGGGAUGUCCGAUCUUUCCCAGAUGGCACCAUGCAAUGAAGGUUAUGUUUGCCUGGAAGGUAAUUCUGCUCCAUGUCCCCAUGAUGGGAUCCAUGGAUACAGAUGCCCCAGAGGCUUCCACUGUCCUGAGGGCACUGGCCUGGAGAUUCCUUGUGAACCUGGCAUGUUCAGCCCUAUGGUUGGGGCAAGCACUUGCCUUCCCUGCCCAGCCGGAACAGCCUGCAAGGAUGCUGGCACUGUGGAGCCCCUCAGCUGCCCCCGAGGUUACUAUUGUCCGCUCCAGACGGCCAUCCCCUUUCCAUGUCCUGCUGGUACACUCAACACCCUGGAGGGGGCGCUCUCCUUGAAUGCAUGCAAGCCAUGCCCAGUUGGGAGUUAUUGCACUGGCCACGCAAACUGGGAACCUGAUGGCAUGUGCUCCCCUGGGUAUUACUGUGCUGGAGGAGCUCCUGAUGCUGUGCCACAAAGCACGCCUGAAUUUCCCCUCAACGGGCCCUGCCCACGGGGACACUAUUGUCCAGAAGGCACCCGGUCCCCUGUCGCCUGCCCAGUGGGCACUCUCAAUAACUCCACAGGAGGUUCCUCUCCAGAUUGCUGUGUCCCCUGCUAUCCAGGAUUCUUCUGUGCCGGCAUGGGUUUGAGUUCUCCUACCGGACCAUGUGCUGCCGGUUUCUACUGUCCAGCAAACUACAGCUCCUUCAGCCCAACAGCCUUUCUCUGCCCAGAGGGACACUUCUGCCUCUCUGGAGCUGCCCAUCCAGCUCCGUGCCCCACUGGUGAAUACCAACCAAACCGAGGGUCAGAACACUGCCUUCCCUGCCAAGCAGGAUUCUACUGCCAUGAGGCUUUUACUGGGAACCCCAAGCCCUGCCCACCACAUUCCUAUUGUCCUGCAGGUACUUUUGUUCCUCAUCCGUGUCCUGAUGGCACGUUUACUCCUUCCGAUGUGUCUGGUCUACAGGAAGAGCGAGAUUGUUUUCCUUGUCCGCCCGGUCGCUAUUGCAGAGGCGGGCGCAUGAAGGGGAACUGUACAGCCGGUUUCUUCUGCCAAGAAGGAAGUCCAGAUCCUACUCCACAAGGCCACAACUACACCUGGAGCCCACUAGCCGACUGCCCCUGGGGCCAGGUGUGUGCAGGACCCUGCCCUGCAGGCUUCUACUGCCCAGAAGGCUCAGAAGUGCCCAUCUCUUGUCCAGACGACACUGUUGGUUCUCCCCAAGGUGCCAGGCAAAGGGAAGACUGCCUUCCCUGCCCACCAGGUCGCUGGUGCAAAACAGGAUAUCCAGAGGCCUAUCUGUGCCCUGAUGAGUAUCACUGCUAUAGAAUGAACCACAGCAACACUGAUGGACCUCAGAUCCUCCACCCUUGUCCCAAGCAGACUUUCCGGACAGAGCUAAAUGCUGAGGGUGCCUCUGAAUGUCAGCCCUGUCCAUCGGACUAUCAGUGUCCUGUGACAGCAGAUAUGGCUUUUAGAGACUACCCUUGUGCCCCAGGACACUGGUGCCCAAGCAGACGGGAUGCUUUCCUUUGCCCACCUGGUUCCUAUAGGACCCAACCAGGUGCCGUGGCUUUGGAGGAAUGUCAGCCUUGUCCUCCGGGAUUUUACUGUCCAGACCCAGCCAAGUCGGGAGUGCCAAAUGUCUAUGGAAGACCUUGUGAACCAGGCUAUGAAUGCCCACCAGGUUCUUCUAGCCCUAUGGUGUGCCGGCCUGGCUCUUUCUGUGGUCCCCGGACAGGGAUCCCACCUCCAUGUCCUGCUGGAUAUUACUGUCCUGGAGGGUCAUCCUCAUACAAUAUGCCUGGGCAGCAAUGCACCUACCCACAUUACUGCCCGCUUGGCAGCAACCAGCCUCUUCUGUGCCCAGCUGGCUACACAGCUCUGAAUGCAACAGGUCUCAGGGACUCCUUUGAGAAGAGCUGUCAAGCCUGUGAAGCAGGCACAUACGGUGGCGGCAACUCAGAUCUCUACCCACUCUGUUUGCCUUGUCCUCCAGGAUUCAGUUGUCCGGAAGGCACAGGAAGUUACCUCCAGCAUCCCUGUCCUCAAGGGUAUUAUUGUCCUCGCCUGAACUCUUUCCCUGUACCCUGUCCACCUGGCACAUAUGGAAACAGCAGCCUUGCAAAGCAAGUGGAUGAAUGUUUCCACUGCCCGGCGGGCUCUUUCAACCAUCUACCAGGUCAGGUUGGUUGUUUCCCUUGUGGGAGCUCCUCAACAUCCAAACCAGGUGCCACCAGCUGUACCUGCCAUGGUCUGAAUCGGGCUUUCCAGGAGUCGGAUGGUUCCUGCAUCUGCCAAGUAGGAUAUGUUUAUUAUGAUGAAAGAGGAAAGAAAACACCUGACAGCAACAGUGACCAAGACUGCCAGCCCCAGGUGGAGACACGUUGUGCUCCGGGAGAGAUCCGCUUGGCAUCCACCCGCACUUGUGUGUUCCCUGAGCAGUAUAACUGCUCCCUGGUCUGCAAUCCAGCAGACGGAGAACUUCAUGCUGAACUCGGCAUCUGUCACUGUGAGUGGUAUGUCUCUGCUGAAGAGGUAUGUGACCAUGUAUGCUUAUCGAGAUCACCUCAACUCUCUCUGAGAUUCGGUGCAGAGAGAGAGCUGCUGCUUGACAUCGAGGGAGUUGGGGAAAAAGAGAUCCCAAACACCCUGGGACCAGACGAACACAUUUAUGAAAGCCAACAAGUCCAUUUGGCUCUCUUUAGCCCUAAAGGAGUUUUUGGUUUCCUGCUUCCCAAUCCAGAUGUUCUAGAUGCCUUUUUGUCAGGAAAUACAGAGCUGCUUUCUCAAAGACAGAGGUAUCGGCGAGAUGAAGAAGCCGCAUCAUCCCAACACACGGCCCCUUUACCCACGAUCCCAAACCCUAUUGCAUGUCUAGCAGUGGGAGACUCUAUCCUUUUCCAACUAAGCAUUGAUCCUUAUGACCGUAUUUCCAGUCACUAUCCUGUCUACCAGAAGGAGCAUCUCUACAACAGCAAUGCCAACUGGGAUUUUGGUGCAUUCAGAAGGCUCGAUCACCUCAUUCAAGAGACUCAGGUCAACAUCUCAAGGUUUGCUCAUGUUUUCCUGGAGCCAGGGACAUACGUCUUCCGGGACAAUGCUAUCAAAGAACGGAUACUAAUAGUGGUAGUGAAUAAUAACAGCAUGGUCUGUGACCCUCUCACAGCUCCCAUCCAGCCGUCCUCCCCAUACCAGCUGACUCGCCAUGGGGUCCUGAAGCACCAGGUGAUGAAUGUCACCCCAGACUGGGCAACUAUUUCAGCUGUGAUUUUUGUCCUGGGUUUCCUGACAGUGGUGUUGACGGGUCUCAUUGUCCUCCUGAGGCAUCCCACCACCAUUCCAAGCCCAAUGAAGAGCUGGAAGCCACGGUGGAGGAGCCUGGGAGAACCACACAUCCCACCUGAAUAUGUGCUGAUUCAAGAGAGCCUCCAAUUCUAUGAAGCUCUUGGACCCCAAGGCUCUGGAGAAGAACCUGAUGUUGGAGAAAAGGGUUCAUCAAGAAUAGGGGAUCGGUUCAUCGUAAGAGAUUUGGAAGAUUUCAGUGUUCGUACUUUGUAUGACAAACUGGAGGAUCAGAAUCUACAUCUUGCAUCACAGCUUGCGAAACAUCGGGCUGAUGUCCUGGUGUUUUACCAAGGGAUCAGCCAGAAGAUACAGAGUCUAGUGGAUAUGGUACAAACACUAGACCUGAGUGAAUGGGGAGCACCACAAAGGUCAAAGGUUUCAAGGGACAGAACCCAGGUCACAUUCAGUCCCUUCAAGGAGACCCAAGAAAGUGAGAAUUCUGCAGUCAAACUUUCUGGAGUGUUGCAAGCAAUGGGCUAUUCAGGCUGCGAGUGGCAGGAAGCCACAGACUUAAUGAAGGCGUUGGGAAUGCUGCUGCGCAAAAUCCAUUGGGGGAAAGAAAUGGCUAAGCAAGAAAAGACUCAAGGGCACAAUGAGGCAGCCAUUCGAGAGCAAGCAGGAACUCAGCAAUGCUGCUUGGAUGCUGGUGUGCUGCAGAAUCAUGUCCUCUCUGGUGGAAAAAGGGCUUCUUUUAGUUCCCAUGGAUGUGAAGACCAAGAUAUGCAAACUCGCAAGGGCACCAUUCUUGCUUGUGUGACGGAGCUGGAAGUCGAGGCCCUGGUGGCGACAUCUCCCCUUGCCAGGACAUUGCAGGAGAUCAAGCAGUUUUUGGAGGCUUCACAACAACCUCCUUACUCCCCUUCUUCUCCAGGGGUAACGGAGGAUAGAAGUCCUUUUGCUUCUGAACCUAACAUUGAUAACGUGCUUCCCAUCAACCUGGCCAGCUUGUCGCCUCGCCAUUUUGUGGUCUAUCGCUUUGGCUGUGCUGUGGCCCAUCUGGUGGGAAAAGCCCUCUCCUAUCCAGCACUGGUGGUCCUCUUGGCUCAAGCAAUCCCCAAACAAGGCCUCGUGGAGGUCGGAGAACCUAUACAGUUUGCCAAGGAGUUCUACUAUGAUGCUAAUAACAGGUGCCUCUACAUCCUUUCAUCUCACCUGGAGAAUGCAGGUGGAUUUGUGGCAGUCCUGUUGAAUGCCAUUGCACACCUGAAAGCAGGCCCUAAGGAAGGCAUCCCUAAGAACACUUGCUUUUGGAAAGUGCUGAAUGCAGCCAUUGCAACACUAGCUGAUGCCUUAUUCCAGUGCUCUUGGGGAGAAGCAGUAGCAACUACUGAGAAGGACACCAUGAAAAAUUACUCCCCGGUUUGUUUAGCUGCUCGGUCUAUUUUUGAAGAACUGCUGAGUAUCCAAAUGACGCUCGGUCCUCACUUCCCUGAGAAACAGUCAUGCGAAAGGUUGAAACAAUACAAAAGUUUCCUCUGGCAAACAGAUCUUCAAUAUAUAUUGGGAAAUCCAGAGCAAAAUGCGCAGGAGGGAUGCACCCAUGGGAAGGAUCAAGAAAGGGACCCCUCUGGAGUUCAGGUCAAAAUUUCAGAGCUGGAGGAGAUGCUGGAUGCCUUGAAUGAGGACUUCUUCCAGCUCACAGUGCAAGCCAUGACAGUCCACAAAGAGGAGGAACAAUUGAAUCAGGAGCUCAGAACACAAGAGGAGUCCAUUUCAUUUGAACCUCCUAGCGAACUACCUGAGAAGAAACCACAGCACUUUCCAGAACUUCUUGAAUCUUGGUCUGCCAAGAAGGACCAAAGAUUGCUACUAGAAAUUAAAAGAAGCCUCAUUGGGCAGAGGAUCCGAGAUGUGGAAUCAGAACUGGCAUCACUUGGAAAUCAGCAGUGACUACCAACACAACUGAGGAAAAGCCACUUUGAACUGAGCAUCCGUUAGAUGUUUUCAGUUGACCUUGUUGUCUUGUUGUGUGGGCAACCAGCCUUUUUGUUGAAAUACUUCACUUGAACCUCUUGGAAUUUUAUGUACGGCUCUAGGUUUAAGCUACACAGAAGAAGUGAACAAAAAGAGCAUCUCCUCAAGUAAUAGAUUGGAAAUGGCUAUUUUAGGGGCUGCAAUGUCACCCACUAAAUAAUUUCAGUAGAUGGGCUUUACAGUAUUGAUGAGAAGAAAGCACUAUUUUUGCUCUUUAAUAGUAUUUAAAAGUUAGGUGAGGGGUUCUUGCAAUGACAGUGAGUGGAUUUCCUGCCUUUCCUGCUCUUUCCUAACUUUUACAGACUUUGACAGGAGGUCCUCCACGUUCACUCAGGUAAAUAGAGCAGGAUCCCCAUGAAAGUGGAAAGAUUAUAUGUAAAAAUUAUUAUUUUCUCUGAGAGAACACUUCUCUAGUAAUGUCUAAGUCCAUGUCUAUGUCCUCUGUCAUGAGUCUAUGGUCAACCUCUGCUAGAUGUUGACCAUAGACUUGCAUUGCAGGACCUAUGAAAACCUAAAAAGUGAUCUCUCUAGGAAUAUCUCGGUCUUCUAGCACAACACUAUGGUCAACCUCUGGUGGAAAUUGAUCUUAUAGUGGUCCUAGAAACCCACAGACAUAUAAAUGCGGAAGACCGACGGCAGUUUUGUAACUGGCUUCUAAUGGCCUCCCUAUUGCCAGUGUCCAUAUCAUUCUUUCGUUUCUAUAAUUGUAUUAUGUAUGUAUUCCUUUAUUUAUGUUUUGUUUAUACCCCACUUUUUCUCUCCACAAAGAGUCUCGAAAUGUCUUAUUUAUUUAUUAUUUAUGUAAUAUCCUUUCUAAAAUGUUUCUGUAUCUAAUGGGUUACUAACUAAUGUGUGAUGUGGACACUCAUAUAGGCCAAGACCACAAAUCGAGGGACAGGCAGGUGCAAAGUGACUACACAAUGAUGAUUUGAUGUUUUGCAUAUGUCAAUUCCCAAAGAAUACACUGUGGGAGGGGACAUGCCAACUAGGUUUGAUGGAUGCUCAUGGGAAAAACGAACAUAAAAACAGGGAAAUCCCUCUAGCUCCCAAUGACUUUCCGUGAGAAGAUAUAUGAGGAAUGGGUACGUGGGAUAUGUACAUGCACAUAUGUUUGCAAAAUGACGUAUAUUUGUUUACUGUUCAACAAAAUGGCAGGCCUGGAUUAAUCUACCACAAUCCCAGGGAUUGGGAUAGUCUUGUGAAAAGUUGAAUAAUUUGAGGUGUGUAAUGAAUGCAUGUGAAUAUACGCUUUUUUGUGGGAAAGCUGGAAAGUUGGGGUGAAAAUUACACUGUGGAAAUUACCAAACUGAACACUGUAUUGCAUUGGAUUGACACUCAAAUAUGGUGUGUAAAGGUCCACAUAUGCAUGGAAUUGUUUCUGCACAAUGUUUUCUUUUGACGGUCAAAAUGGCAAACAUUACAAAUACUCACAAUGGC